UCGUCGACGAACGAUUCCCAAACUUUCCGUGUUCGAGCUUCCUGCAGCUCCUGUGUUUUUUCUUCUGUGGAGCCGGGUGGGCCAGUGGGGACCGAUGGGGGAACCCGUGCAAUAUAAAUGAAGUGUCCAACAGAUGGUACAGAUGAGCGAGCCGGCGGACAGACCUCUGACCCCGUUAUCCACACCGGAGCAACUCCUCAACAGGGACUCCCGGGGGAGUCGGUCUGAGGUGGAGAAUGGAGGAGAGAGGAGGGACAGGAGGAGAGGAAGGUUACCUGCAGACCUCCAGCUGUGUGUGGACACAGAGUCAGACCCCUCGGAGAGCAGGAGGAAACCAGCCAGUCUGAGAGUGAAACCUGUGGAGCAGCUUUCACCAAUGCUGAGCACGAGCGACAUUGAAACCAAGUUUGAAAGGAAGAAACAGCCCAGUCAGUUAUCGAAGACAAAUACCCAUUAUCACAAAUUAUUCAAGGACGUCAGCAAAGAUGAGUUGCUCAAACAAAGUUACACGUGUGCCUUGCAGAAAGACAUGUUAUAUCAGGGCAAAAUGUUUGUAUCUGAUAACUGGAUCUGCUUCCACUCCAAAGUCUUUGGCAGAGACACCAAGAUUUCAAUCCCAGUGAUGUCUGUGACAUUCAUCAAAAAAACCAAAACAGCAUUAUUAGUGCCAAACGCCCUCGUGAUUGAAACCACAAGUGACCAGCAUGUGUUUGUGUCCUUCCUGUCUCGAAACACCACCUACAAACUGCUCAAAUCCAUCUGCGUUCAUCCAGAGCUCCAGUUGUAUAUUCUGCACACUGAAACGUGUUCCCUGUGGCUGCAGGUGGAGAAGACUUGUAACAGCCCCAUCCUGUCUUCCUGUGAAAACAGCUUCAGAGUCAGCUGCUCGUCGUCUCUUCCUCUGGAUUUUUCCGGAGACUUCUCUGACCUGGAUGGGGUGGUGCAGCAGAGACGACAGGAGAUGAUGGAGAGCAGCAGCUCCGACUCUCAAACUCCAGAUUAUGACAAAAUAACUGACUUCAGCGGCCUCCCAGACUCAUUUCUGAGUGCGGUGAAGAGCGGAGAGGUUUCAGUCCACGCAGAUAUUCACCUCCAGACCCCGGGCCAAAAACACAGAGCUGCCCUCAACAACGGAUCAGCCAAGCCAACCCGAGUAGUCACACUCAAAGAGAAAUCCACUCAGCCCAAGUCGCUACAGGCCAUCCUCCUGAUCUAUUUGGUGUUAGUUAGUGUUCUCGUCUUGUCCUCCUGUUACAUGGCUUUCAAGAUUGUGGCUCUCGAGCAUCGUCUGAACUCCUUGGUGUCCAUUGGGGAACACAUCAGAAACGAAAAUGCAGUGAGCCACAGGUCCCAGGAUGAAGUGAAUGCUGAGGUCUAUGGAGAACUGUCCACCAACCUGUUCAGGCUAGAAAAGAUUCAAAGAAACCUGCGGAAGCUACUUGAAGAGACUUGAAGAAGACCGUUGUCUGAGGGUCUGCACAGAGGCUUUAUCUUUUAUUAGACAUGUGGUCAAACUCAUAGAACUGUAUAUUAAGAUGAAAGUGUUUCCACUUCCUCUGUCUAUCCAGAAAUUAAGCCAAAAUAUCUCAGAUAUGAAAUCCACCAUCUUGCACAUUUGGAGCCAGAGUCUGCGGGGUAGUGAUUUAGGGAAUGGAGCCGUGGUAACGAGGCCCCGCUGAUACACAGCCUCAACCAAUCACAAGGCGGUCUCAGCUGUCAGUCAUGACCUUUCACCACAUUUAAUAACAUGAAAUAACUAAACUAAAAACAAACAUGCGUGAAAAAUGUACCUUUGAAAAACAUCAGUGUGAUAAGAACUACCUAAAAUUACAGAAACAAUUUUGACUUUUUAGUUUGGCCCGUAUCCCAUCCGCUAACAUGGAGGAGGCAGGGUUUAUGAUCUAUACUGCAGCCUCCCAUCAGGUGGCGAACAAGCUGCUUUGGCUUCACUAUUGGGAAGCAGUCAUGUCGUCCAUCUUUAUAGACAGCAACCAUAGACCAGCCUCUGUAGAUCAGGUUAGGUAAUAGAUCUGAUGCCAAAGCACAGACAGCUCAUUCAGAAAGUUUUCUCAAACUGGUGUGAACGUCAAUUUAAAUUGUGCAAUAUCCUCCCUUUCCACUCAGGAUUAUUUUAUGCAAGAGGUGACAUUGAAGCAGCGUGUUAGUGUUUGCCAGUGUUAGUGAAGCAACAUUUUGAAGCCUGUGUGUAGCAUUUAUCGGAGCGCUUUGAUUUUUUUCCUCAACUGUAGGAUUUUGUUUUUAGGGUAUCUAGGUGUAAAGGUCGUAUUUGACUGGUUUUACAAACAUUUCAGAAAAGGUCAACUUGUGCUGUUCUAAUGUUCUUUAGUUUGAAUCUCGUUGCAAAUAAAUUAUAUUUAUGUUAUGUAAAUAAAUCUU